CUUCCGGUAGACAGAAAAUGGCGGCCAGAGAAUUUACUUUGGCUUCCGUGAAGGAUUUUAUGAUUAAUAAUGGUGGUAGAGUGAAAAAUCAUCAGCUGGUAACCCACUUUAAAGCAUUUCUCAACGAUCAAUCGCACAAAGCUCACAACAGGGAGAAGUUUAAGGACUAUGUCAAUGAGCUGGCAACAAUAAAAGUUGAAGAUGGGGAGAAAGUUCUCGUCCUCAAGAAGAAGUUCCGGCCAGAAGCAGGGCCAGUAGCUGCCGUCAAGUCUGUGGGUGAAGUCCAGCGGGCACAGUCAGAGCCCCCCAGCAAGCCUCCGCCCUAUCCCCCAGGACAGGAUGAGGCUGAUGGGGUGUCCAUAUCUAAGGGGAGGAGUGAAGGGAGCCUGGAUUCCCAGAUGAAGGGUUCCAUCCAUUCGGCAGACAGCAUCAGCAUCAGCAGCCUGGCCAUGUCUACAACAUCCAUUGCCUCCACGGAAUCUCAAGGUUCCGGCAAGUCCUCCCAGGCGUCCACUGAGGAAGACCAGAACAUGUCUGUGUUGAGUGGAAGCCGUGGAUCUGGAGGAGAUGAUGACGACUCCCAGUCUGGCACAUCAUUUGUCACGCUGGAACCCGAAGAGAGAGAGUGGAUGUUGACAUGCUGCCACUCAGAGUACCACGACAUGAACCGACUCCUCAGCAAGAACCCCCAACUGGCCAAACUCAAGAAUUUCACAAAUGGUUAUACAGCUCUGCAUUGGGCUUGUAAACAUGGGAAGGCAGAUGUCGUCAAGCUCGUGGCAUCAAAGCCUGGGGUCAGCAUCAACUCCAGGACGCACGGGGGCUACACACCUCUCCACAUGGCAGCCAUACAUGGCCAUGAAGACAUCAUAUCUCUUCUUGUGCAGACAUAUCGAGCUGAUGCCAAUGUGAGAGACUUCAGUGGCAAGAAAGCUAAGCAGUACCUGAAGAACUCAGCCUCUACCAAAGCACAACAAUUACUUCUAAGCCGAACACUACAUUCCAAUCUGGGUUCAGGACGUUCUCUGGACGAUUCGUUCAUGAGGACGAUGUCAUUCAGGAAGAGUCACCGUACCAGAGCUAUCUCGUCCCUUCUACAAGCUACUUCCAGCAUCGUCCGCACGCAGACGUUUCGGUCCAGCUGGGAUGGGUCGUCCGAAAACCUGAGAGGGGAGGAGAAGUCCACGCCCGAUUCCACCCCACCCAGCAGCACAACCUCCUCCCCAUCCUCGUCCAGGAAGGGAUCGUUCUCCAAACAGGAUCGUGACAUGAUGCCUCCCCCCUCAGCACCAACUCGCAGGAAAAAGAUGCCAGCGUCUGGUAGUGGAGAUAAUUUGUCCAUGGAGAGUCCCUCCGAGAAAAGUCUUGGGUCAAGGUCAGAGUCUGACCCUUCACUGACGACACAUUCUGCCAAGACGACUUUCAUCUAGAUGCAAUACAAGAAGUACCAAGCAACUGCAAUAUCCAACAUAGACUUGUAUCAGUAUGUUUUGCCUGCUGGUUUGUAGGGCUAUACUUUGUCUACCAGUUUUUACUGCAACACAUUGCAAGACUGAUCUUAUAUGUAAUAUACUGAUGUAAUAUACUGCCAGUGACAUACUCGUAUGGGUUCUUAUCUUUCAUCCUGCCCUUCAUGUUUUUGACCAGAUUAGCACCAUAAAGCUGCCUGUGAUUUCCAUAUUUGACAGACUAUGUGGACAUUUGUUAGGCUUAACCACCAGAGGUAGCACAGUGAUAUAGGAGAAAUAGGAGUGGCAUAGGAGAAAUAUUAUUCAUCUGAGAUUAGCUGAAUGAGGAAGAUUUUUAUUCAUGGUAUUUCAUUAAUACAGCCUGGUGAACCUCACCAGUGGAACAUGCUUACUGAUGAGAACUUGAGAGUGGUUUGUACCGAAGACAAAGUAACUUAUAUAGAUGGAAUAAAGCCUAGUAGUAUAUACUUAGCUCAAUUCAGUGCAAACCUUAGGAAUAUUAAGUUGUGUUAAGAUAAAAUGGAAAUAAAGUUAAUAGCUGUAAGUAACAUACAUGUAAGGAAAUACAUGGAUUGAGUUUAGUCACAUAACAUUGCACUCAGCUACUGCGGAAUGUUUACAUAUUGUAUGGAUGAAAUAAUAAGUUUGCUUUACUUUAUUAUGAGAUUGUGAGGUUCUUUUUGUAGUCAUUGAACCUUUUGUUUGUUAGACAAUUUACUGUACAUAUAUGGAAAAGUUACUUGUAUAUAUAUAUAUAUACAUAUGUAAAUCAUAUACAAAUGCGUUCAAUAGAUCAGCUUUGCUGUAGCAUAUUGAUGACUAUUUAUAACGGGGUUCUCCAUGAUUACAUAUUUAUGUGUAAUAAUCCUAUUAUUAUGUUUUGGUAAUUGUUUACAUUUGAUAAUCACUAUAUAACAGUUAUGGUAUGUUAUGUAGAAUAUAUUGUGGCAUGUUAACCUGAAUACUGCUGAAACUUGCUGAUACUUUUUACAGUGUUUAGACAGGUCUUGGCAUUAUUUGGAUCUCAGAGUAGCUUGAUUAAUUUGUCUAAAUCAAAUGUGUUUUAUGGUAAAACUACAUUUUUCCAUUGCAAAGAAAUCUGUGAUUCAAGUAAUUCAAAAAUUGUCUGUAUAAAAUAAAGCUUAUUUUGAGCAG